UCUAAUAUUGUAAUGAAAAUACUCGAUCAGAACUCAAAUUCGAUAACUGCCAAUGCCAAUUGCCAUUGCUUCUUCUAACCACACAAAAACGCACGCAUGUCCACCACUAAACAACAUGUUAAGAACCAAAAGCAACAACCAGCUACAACCAACAUAAAUCUCAGGCAUGAAUCAGCAAUCCGCCACCUCCACAUCGACCACCACGACCAACACCACAGGUGCUACCCAUCACACAGCGACCAGUACGGACAAUGACAGCAUCCAAGAGUCGCGUCAUCCUCAUCAGCAGCCACAUCACCAGAACGAGCAUCAUCAGCACCAGCAUCUGCACAUGCAUCAUCAUCACCACCAUCACCACGGUAGCCAGCAUCAUCACCACGAUCCCAGGCACUCCCACCACCAUCAGCCUCAGCAUUCCCAUCAUUACCAGCAUCCUCAUUGGCAUCAUCGUAAGGCUAUACUUCAUUCCAGCAGAGGUACAGCUUGAGUAUUUGAAUCCCUUUAGACUAGCAAUUGCCACAGAGGAACAGGGAAUUGUUUAUAAAUUUAAAAUGAAGAUUAUAGCUGUAGUUAUUUUCAUAUUAUCAGGAUUGCACUUGUAAACUGCCAGUGUUCUUUAUAUUAGUCUCACUUUAUUUUUGUCUUGAUUUAUCUGAGUCUCACACUUCAACUGGAGUUAUAAAUGUUGUCAGCUUAUCAGUUAAAGACAUUAGCCAGUAGAUUAUUUCGGGUCUUAUCUGUCAAGCAAAUGCAGACAAGAAUAAUGGCAGAUUUAGGAAAAGCAAC